AUUAUCAGUUAUAAAAAUGAACAUGUACGCGAACACAGUUAGUUUCAUUUUGCUUUUCACUUCUUGUAUAUUUUAUCAAGUGCUUCUUGUUAAAUCUUUUAAAUAUAAGUCUACCUGGGAAAGUUUAGACAAAAGACCGUUGCCUUCAUGGUAUGACGAGGCCAAAAUUGGCAUAUUUAUUCAUUGGGGAGUCUUUUCAGUUCCUAGUUUUGGGUCAGAGUGGUUUUGGCAAUUUUGGAAAGGUCAACGGAAAGCAGAAUAUGUAGAAUUUAUGACAAAAAACUACCCUCCACGUUUUACUUAUCAAGACUUCGGCAAGGAAUUUACUGCAGAAUUUUUUAAUCCCAACGAAUGGGCUGAAUUAUUUGAGAAAUCUGGAGCAAAGUAUGUUGUUCUUACAAGUAAACAUCAUGAAGGAUUUACUUUGUGGCCUUCAGAAUUUUCAUAUAGUUGGAAUGCCAAAGACCUGGGACCACACAGAGAUUUAGUAGGAGAAUUAGCAGACGCGGUACGCAGCAAAACGAAGAUCCAUUUUGGCCUUUACCAUUCAUUUUUCGAAUGGUUCAAUCCCAUGUACAACGCCGACGAAGCGGCAAACUUUUCAAGGAAUAUCUUCCCAGUGAGAAAAGCAAUACCGGAAAUGAAAGAAUUGGUGAAUACAUACAAACCGGAUGUAUUUUGGUCAGAUGGAGCGGGAGAAGUUCCGGUAGAAUAUUGGCAAUCAAGAGAAUUUCUGGCUUGGCUAUAUAACGAAAGUCCCGUUAAAGAAAUAGUGGUGGUGAAUGACAGAUGGGGUAAAAACACAUCGUGCCUUCAUGGGGGAUUUUUCACUUGCAAUGAUCGAUACAAUCCAGGUACGUUGCAAUCUCAUAAAUGGGAAAACGCUAUGACGUUAGAUAAACAUUCUUGGGGUUAUAGAAGAAAUGCCCCUUUGAACGAAUACCUAACGACUCAUGAAUUGAUAAAAACUUUGGCACAAACUGUAAGUUGUGGAGGAAAUUUACUAGUAAAUAUUGGACCAACCAAGGAAGGAACAAUUAUACCAAUAUUCCAGGAACGUUUGCUCGAUUUGGGCACAUGGUUAUCACUGAAUGGAGAGGCAAUUUAUAACACCACAACAUGGACUUACCAAAAUGAUACAGUUAAUUCUGAUGUAUGGUACACAUCGAAAAAAAAUUAUGUGUAUGCCAUCGUAUUGAGUUGGCCUGAUAGAAAUAUUCUCAGUAUUGGCGCAGUAGUGGACUUAUUUUCGAAAAGCCCACCAUCUUCAGUAACGUUAUUAGAAAAUAAUGAAAAGCUUGAGUGGAAUAUUGACGACAAUAUUGUAAAAAUCAACUUGGACGAUAAAGCCCUUACUAAAAAUAAUUGGGCUUGGGUAGUUAAAUUUAACAAGUAAUUGAAACUUUUAAAACAAAUUAUUAUAAUUUUAUUAACAAAAAACUCGCUCUGAUUCAAUAAACAAUCAAUUAAAUCAAAAUC